GCGUCGUCUGCCGCUUCUACCAAGCGCAUGAUGUUGAAAAACCGCUGUGCGACACUGGCGGAGGAAGUUUUCCUUUCUGACAGUGAGGAGGCAGCAAGCGCGGAGGACGUGGCGCAGGCGUCCGUCGCGCUGUUGCACAAGUUCGUGGCAGACAGCGAAGGGACGACGAACAAUAGUACCAACACGACUACUUUAGCGGCGGAUACGGAUUCCGUGUUGACCAGGCGCGAAAAAGUCGCGUCGAUGAUGAUAAAAGAACCUACAACCUGUGCUAUUUCGCCAUUAUCAACUUCGCCGAAGGGAGGAAAUCAGUUCAAAUCUACUUCGCCGAGUCCGUCGUCUCGCCGGAUUGGUCGUGGGAACAACCUGCACGACACUACUGCUUCAUCCCCUUCCCGCAAGAUAAACAACAUCGAGGUGGACUCGGGGUACGCUCUCCCCCCCUUGCAGAUCGCGGCCGGGGCGGGGCACCGCGAGGUGUGCGAGUUUUUCGUCGCCGAGUGCGAUUUAGACGUGAAUGUCGUGCACGCCAGAACAGGCACGACAGCUUUGAUGCACGCGUGCCGGUCCGGCGCCACGGACAUUGUGAAACUGCUUCUGGCGCACAAGGCCAUCGUUUUGGUGGAUGAAAAACUACUACCCGAAGACGCCGCGGGCAACGCCGUGGAAAUGCACGAGCGCACGGCAUUACACUUCGCGGCUUUGAGCCGGGAUAGGUACGGCACACUGGAGGCAUUGUGGAGGGCCAUUCGCGAGGGCGGCGGAGGAGGAGGAGGGAGGGAAUUGAUGUUUGCUCUUUCAACUACACAGGAUGGUGGACCACAGGGAACGAAUGGAAAUCCAAAUCCAAAUGGUCGAAACGAGAUGGAGAUUGAGGGUGCUUUUACUGAGAAGUUGUACCACAACGCGGAUGAGUUGGAUUUGACGCCCUUGGACCUCUUGCGAAAAAGACACCUCACUGGGUGGGUGUACGCGGAACGUGGAUCAGGGAAUAAAGAUUUGCUUUCUGCAAGAUCUGGAGGCGACAAUGACAAACUGACUUCUACUUCCGGCACACAGCAGGUGGAUGACAGAGAUGCAAGAACAACUUGUCCGGCCAGUCCGUCGUCAUCGGGAAGACUGGGAAGAACUAUUUCCCCACGGAAAGCAAUGACUUCAACACACGUGAACAACGACGGUAAAAAACAGCCUGGUGACGCGUCGGAGUUUGUGAUGGUCUGCGCACGGUGUCGAGUGAAGAACGCGACGCUGCUGUGUCAGAAGUGCGGGCGCGCGCUCUACUGUUCGACGCAUUGCCAGCACAAGCACUGGCCGCUGCACAAGCGGACCUGUGCAGAGUUGCGGGAGGAGGAGAAAGAGAAGAGGAAAAAUGGAGGUUACUACGCAGUAAACAACAGAUAGAAUUAGAAACUUACGGUACUAGGCAGCCACAGCAAAAUAUAUAAAUAUAAAGUAAAAAGUUGUAGUGUCGCGAUGGAAGAAAGUGCAAGAGUCGACUAUGUAAAAGAGUAGGCUGUGCUGAUCCACUUUUUGAUGUGUACUAAGUUCUAGCAGGGAGUUCCUGUUGCACUCGAUGGUUCCGCACGUCUUGCUGCGUUUGAUUGAAAAAGCCAGCCUCGAACGGAAAAAGCUCUGUAGUCAUACACAAAAAUUUGAUGUUGAUCAAGAACUUCAUCUUCGCAGCAAAUGUGAAAAAGAAGUAGUACCCUUUAUUUGGGCCAAAACUG